GGUCAACGGCCUGCAGAGCAACAUGCCCAAGUUUUAUUGUGACUACUGCGAUACAUACCUCACCCAUGACUCUCCAUCUGUAAGAAAGACACACUGCAGUGGUAGGAAACACAAAGAGAAUGUGAAAGACUACUAUCAGAAAUGGAUGGAAGAGCAGGCGCAGAGCCUGAUUAACAAAACAACGGCUGCAUUUCAACAGGGAAAGAUACCUCCUACUCCAUUUUCUGCUCCUCCUCCUGCAGGGGCGAUGAUCCCACCUCCCCCCAGUCUCCCGGGCCCUCCUCGCCCUGGUAUGAUGCCAGCACCCCGUAUGGGGGGCCCUCCCAUGAUGCCAAUGAUGGGCCCUCCUCCUCCUGGGAUGAUGCCAGUGGGACCUGCUCCUGGAAUGAGGCCGCCCAUGGGAGGUCACAUGCCAAUGAUGCCUGGACCCCCAAUGAUGAGACCUCCUGCCCGUCCCAUGAUGGUACCCACUCGGCCAGGAAUGACCCGACCAGACAGAUAAGGAUAGAGGGAACCCUCUUUGAAUUAGUUUUUUAUUACCUGUUCUACUUCACCAGGAGAUACGGUGCUGUGACUCUGGGUGUUUUCUAACAGCAUGACAAGGAAGACUUGCUCCCCCUUCCUAUCAAAGAGAGCGUAGUUUUGGAGGGGAGUAGUGGGACAAAAAAAAGUAAUUUUCAUUUGUAUUGUGGAAAACAGAAAUAAAGUUGUCAGCUCUUACAGUUAAAAAAA